AUUUGGGUAACUUGAUAUCAAAUAAAAUGCAAUUUCAUUCUAUUUCACAAGGCGACUCCUGAUUUUAUAUUACUUGUUUUUAUGCGACCCUCUGUGACAGAAAAACUCGCUUUGGUGGGCUGAUUCUUCCAACCGAAACUGACCAUUUCUUUAAUAAUUAUUAUUCCCUACCAUGCACGAAACACAAAUGGUCCCAAAUUUAAUUUUUGGGCGAUGAAAUAAGAUGGCAUCGCACAACCGUGACGUCAUUUUUCAUCCAAACUUGAGGGUAAAUAGAAAACUGGGAUUGUCUUCGCUAAUUAAGCGUCAGCGGACUCCAAAAUACGUUCGCUUUUGUCAUAAUUUCUCUCUACAAAUUCUCCCAGCGCGUGAUAGAAUAGAAAACAUUUAUGCGCCAAUCCCGUUCAAUGCGUGAAUGGUGACGAAUGUGAUCAACAUGUUUUAAAGCGAGGUUAUGCCGCAAUUUGUUACACAAUUUGUUUCGAUUUGUGAAGAAAUGACUUAACUGAAGAGAAAAAUGACGAAUGUAAUUUACAAAACAGUAAGGGCGACGGCGAUUAAAUUUCCCACCGCAUAUUUUUAUGCCAACGCAAGUCACUACGCUCUGUGUACUCAAGGGUCUUCCUAUCUAACGGAUUGUAGGAGGCGAAACAUCAUUUUGUCUAGUCAUUAUGUAGGGCAUCGUUUACCCUGGAUUGCAGUUACCCGAAAAUUUGCAUCGGAAAGGGAUGCAAAGAAAAAAGUGGAAAAGAAGUCAUUAUUUAAGCGGUUUAAAGAGAUGUAUCGAGACUACUGGUAUGUCUUGAUUCCUGUUCAUUUGGCGACUUCGGCGGUGUGGUGCGGUGCGUUUUACUAUCUCGCGCGUAGCGGAGUGGAUGUACCCGCCCUGCUAGAGGCCAUGAACUUUAGCGAGAAAAUUGUAAACUCGAUGAGGGAAUCGAAAAUGGGAUACGUAGCUAUAACUUAUGGACUGUACAAAAUAGCGACUCCCGCAAGGUAUGCGGUAACAUUGGGAGGGACCACAGUAUCGAUUCAGUAUUUGAAGAAAUGGGGUUACAUCAAACCAACAAAAGAAUUAAAAGAAAUGUACCAAGAGAAAAAACAGAGUAUGAAAGAAACCAAGGAGAACAUUAUGGAAAAAGUUUAUGAUUUUAAAGAUAAGAAGGACAAUUUUAUGGAAAGUGUGAAGGAAACAAAAAAAGGAUUUGAUGACAAGAAGGACAGUAUAUUAAGUAGUGUGAAAGACGCGAAAAACAUGGUUUCGAAAGUAGUAGGUACUUCCAAAAGUGAAAAAAGCUAAACUUGCACUAUAUUCCCUUUAUUUCUGUUAAUACUAUUUAUGAAGGAUAUACAUAAGCAAUGGCCAAUAAACCCAUUUUAAAUUUAAGUGCUUUUCUUUAUAAAAUCUUU